AUGGGUGCUUUUGACAGACUCAAACAAAUCAAGAUGGCUUACAAACUCGAUUUUGUUGCUGUGUUUGAACCCUUUUGUAGAAAUUCCAUGAUUAAUAAGUUUAAAAGAAGAUUGGGGUAUCAAUUCUGUUACUCUAACUGCAACAACCAAAUUUGGAUUUUCUGUGAUCACAACUAUGAAUGUAGCAUUUUGGAAGACAAGGAACAACAUAUUACUUGUAGCAUCAAAUAUCAAGAAGAUACUAUUCUUUUAACUGUGGUAUAUGCUAAGUGUGAUGAGCAACUCAGAGAAACUUUGUGGGAUGAACUUAGACUAAUUGCUAGCAAUUCAAACUCUCCUUGGAUGGUGGUAGGUGAUUUCAAUUGUAUUCUUGCCCCAGAAGAAAAAAAAGGAGGUACAAUUCAUAGAAUGAGCAAAAGUAUGCCUUUGCUUAAUUGUAUGAUGGACUGUUCACUCGAAGAUGCUGGAUAUAUUGGAUCUACUUAUACUUGGUGUAACGGAAGAGGACCAAGGCAUAGGGUCUGGGAAAGACUUGAUAGAGCCUUAACCAACCAAUUAUGGAACCACAAAUUCCCCUACACCACCGUCACUCAUCUAGUCAGAACUGGCUCUGACCAUGCCCCCCUUAUGUUGGAAAUCUCACACUCUUGGGCAAAAUACAAGAAAUACUUCAAGUUUUUAAACUUAUGGACAGAAGAGCCUGAUUUUCUGGAUAUUGUAAAGGAUGCAUGGGCUAUUGAAACUGUUGGAACUCCUAUGUGGAAGUUUCACUUGAAACUUAAGAAUACUUGCAAAAAGCUCUCUGAAUGGUCCAGAAAUACUCUGGGUAAUAUCUUUGAAACCACUAAAAAGAUGGAAGCUAGGAUUGCUCAACUGGAAGAAGUCUGCUUAAGAGAUAAUUCUGAGGAAAAUAGGAUGGCUUAUAAUAAUGCUAAUGCAUUACUGAUCCAACAUGUGAAGAAGGAAGAAGCCUUUUGGAGGCAAAAAGCUGGUCUUAAAUGGAUUACUGAUGGAGAUGCUAAUACCAAGUUCUUUCACUCUGUCAUCAAUACUAAGAGAAGAAAAAUGCACAUGAACAAGAUCAAGAAAGAAAAUGAUACUUGGAUAGAAGGGGAGGAUAAUAUUGCCUCAGAAGCUGUCAAAUUCUUUGAAGAUCAAUUUACCUUUCAAGAUGUGGAUGAUGACCUUUGUUUCUGGUGUCUUCCACGAGUUAUUAAUGAUGAGGAUAACAAUAUGCUGAAAGAUAGACCUACUCUUGAAGAGCUGAAGAACGUUGUGUUCUCUCUUAGCACAGACACUGCCCCUGGACCGGAUGGUAAGCAACUCCCCAGAUCAUUCACACAUAGUUGUCUGAUUUUGAUUCCCAAAACCAACAAUCCACAAAAGUUCACUGAAUACAGACCAAUCAGCCUGAGCAACUUCAGCUGCAAAAUAAUCUCCAAACUUCUCAACACCAGGCUCUCUAAGGAGCUUGUUCAUAACAUCAAAAAGCCUAAUGUAAAUUGCAAUGUUAUCAUGAAAUUAGAUAUGACCAAAGCUUUUGAUAGAAUGUCUUGGAAAUUUCUUGGUAAUGUCAUGAGAAAAUUUGGUUUUUCUGAAGAGUGGAUUGGCAUGAUUUGGAAACUGCUUUCAAAUAAUUGGAAAAUAGUUGUUUAUUUUGGAGGUCUUAUCUCCAAAGUUGCUGCUAGAAUUCAAUCCUGGCAUGGUAAGCUUCUUUCUUUUGGUGGUAGAGCCGUAUUGAUCAAAUCAGUGCUGCACUCUCUCCCAUUACACCUGCUCUCUGUAGUGGAACCUCCCAAAACCACCAUUUCUCUUAUUGAGAAAUACAUUGCUAAUUUUUUCUGGGGUGACAAUGCUGGUAAGAAUAAAUAUCACUGGAAAGCUUGGAAGGAUCUUUGCUUUCCUAAAGAAGAAGGUGGGGUUGGUUUCAGAUCCAUUCAAGAUAUGUGCUUGACUGCUAGUGCUAAGGUUUGGUGGAACUUCAGAACUAGACCUUCUCUUCUCAGGGAUUUCAUGGAAGCUAAGUAUUGUCCAAGGGCACAUCCCGUCUCUAAGAAAUGGGCCCCUGGACAGUCCCAUAAAUGGAAAAGAAUGGUCGAAAUUAGAAGAUAUUGUGAGCACAACAUCAACUGGAAAGUGGGUAAAGGAAAUCUUUCCUUUUGGUGGGACAACUGGACUGGAAAGGGCCCUUUAGCCCAACUCAUCCAUCAAGGUUACAAGUCCAAAAAGAUCAAAGUUUCAGACUACAUCAUGGAUGGAAAAUGGAACACUGACAAGCUCCUCAAUUUAGUUCCUAACUCUAUGAUCAUGGACAUCAAGAAUAUUAAGAUUUACAAUGAUGGCAUUGACUUUCCUACUUGGACUCCUGAUCAUAACGGGAUCUUCACUUGUAAAUCUGCUUGGAAAUCACUGAGACUGACCAAGGCUAAUACUAUGACUGCUGCUAACUGUUGGCAUCCUAAGCUACCCUUCAAGGUUUCAUUUUUUAUGUCUAGGAUGUUAGCAAAUAAAAUUCCAACCGAUACUGCUCUCCACAGAUUCAAUAUUUGUGGUCCUUCCCGAUGCUACUGUUGCAACACUCACAAGAUUGAGAACACUAAUCAUCUUUUCAGAGAUAGUGAGCUAGCCAAUGAUAUAUGGAAUUUUUUUGGCGCUAGCUGUGGUAUCAUCUCAACUACCAGAGAUAUUAGGGUGACUGUUAUGAACUGGUGGCUCCUGAAGUCUAAAAACAAAGUCCAUGAUAUGCUCCUCAAAUGCCUACCAACUAUUAUUUGUUGGGAAAUAUGGAAAGCAAGGUGUACUUACAGAUAUGAAGGCAUCAAAUACUCUCAGAGAAGGAUCAUUGAUCAAAUUACUUACCUUGCCAAAGGGAUAAUUAAUCUUCAAUUUACUUCUCUGAAACUUGAGAGCCCCUGGCAUAACUACUGCCAUAUGAUCGAAAAUCUUAAGCCUAAAAUCAAUAUUAAAUGUAUAAAAUGGAUCAAACCUGACUCACCUUUUCUUAAAUUAAAUACAGAUGGAUGCAGCAAAGGCAACCCAGGCAGCUCAGGAGGAGGAGGAAUACUUAGAGAUGAGAAUGGACAUUUCUUGAUGGCUUUCUCUGCCUACUAUGGACAGUGCAGCAACAAUAUUGCAGAGACAAAAGCUAUCUUGAUGGGGCUGAGGUGGUGCAUCGACAGGGGUUACCAAAACAUCAACAUCGAAUCAGACUCUAAACUGAUUAUUGGCAUGAUCAAUGGUGACAUUAGGCAUUGUAGCAAGUCAAAAGAUCUCAUUCAACAGAUCGACAUGAUCAAAAAUCAAGGCAAUAUUAAUUUCAAACACUGCUUUCGCGAAGCUAAUACAGUUGCAGACUACUUUGCUAACCACGGAGAAGAGACCAAACAAGAACAAUUCUUCUUAGAUGAGUUAACCCUCCCCACAAGAGCUAAAUCACUAUUGAAGAAUGAUUUUGAAGGAAGACCUUCUUUCCGGAUCAAAGCUAGGACUGAUCAAUAUGAAAUCCCCCAUGAUUAG